UUCCCAGAACACUCGAGCAGGCAAGCGUUCUGACACCGUCGCUGAAGUUUGUGUUGUCAACGAUGGUUGCGGCUUUGCUUAUUGAUGGCGGGGUGAGAGGAGAGUGAUGGGCGGUGGCAGGCAAAGGGAUUGAUUAGAUCUCGAUGAGCUUUGAUUGACAGCAGCCGGCUUUGCUUGUCGCUGGCCGGGGGUACGGUGCCAGCCACUGGCUGUAGUAGGCCAGCCAUCGCUCGCGACGUUGGAAUCCUCGUUUGGUUUGAGCACUACUGAUACCGGUAUGGCGGGAAGGACAUCGUGCUCUUUUUCUUCUACAAGUAGUGUUGAGCAAUAGGAGGAAGGAAAGCUGGGAUUCGAGUCGAGUCCCAGUACUACAACCACUACUUCAAUACGGUAACACUUCGACUGUACCGGUACCCGUACCCGGAACGUACUGAUGUAGCUUUCAAACGUCUGCGGAGAACGGAGUUCAAACUGAGAGAGCAGGUGUAAAUCACGAGAAGCAUGGUACAUGUAGCAAGAGCUGUUGCUGUUGCCCCCGCUUGCUUGCUAGUGAUGGCCUGCUGGGAUAGACGCGACUGAGACUCUCAACUGCAGCCCCGAAACUAGUCGUAACAUAUGCCCGCACCUUCCUUGGCUGAUUCAAUCUGGCUAGCAAGCACGAGAGAGGGUCAACUUUGUGUGGCUGUGCCAGAAAUCUACUCCAUAUCGUAACGAUGGCCGUCAACAGCAGGAUGAACGCAUGAGUGACCAAGUCCCCCAAUCCUGUUUGGUUCCCAUUCUACUCUUCAUAUGUUCUUAUGUCUCGUAGCCCUUCAAUUCCGGUAGCUGAGUUGCUUUUUAGGGCGUGGUGCCAUCCAGCUGCCCAUUCGUAUCAAUAGCUGCACUUGGACCGUAUGUUGUAUCUGGAGCACCUAUACGAGCCUCAAGGUACCGGUACAUUCAACCCAGUACCGUAGUUCUUGUGUCAUCUACUUCUUUCAUUCCGUCCUCAGCGAAUUCGUGCACACAACGAUCAGCCAAGCAACCAAGUUUCUGAUGCGCCUGUCCUCUUCGACCUCUUCUUUUUGUACCGGACAGUACGCUAAUUUUACUCCACGGUCCCAGCAAUCCCCUGCAGCUGUGCGGUUGCUGACACGUACCUGCAGCUGUGCGGUUGCUAACAUGUACCUGUCGCUGGAUGAAUGUGUUUUCUUGUGUACCGGUUUCCAGACUUGGGACAAAAUGGUCUGUUGGGUGCCUGCCUGUCAACCCUCAAAUUCAAUUUAAGGUUUCGAACAAGUGUGACAUCUUUUGUUUUUAUGAGGUCCUACUACCAGAAAGGACGCCUCAAAUGUACCCAGAUUUGACCCCUUCUUCCUGAAGCGGUACGGUACCGGGACAUCGAGACACACAAGAUAUUCAGUGUGCCUGUCCAGCAAUCCAACAACAGUGAUGUCUCAUCUUUGCUUGAGAAUCUAGCCAGAGUACUGUACCGGUACAGCGUACAUGUUUGUACCGGUAGGGAAGUUGUCACGGAAAACUCUGGCCCACCAAUGCUCUCAUAAAAGCCACCACAAAAACCAACAAGCCAAUCGAAAAGAAACAAGUUCUGUUGCUCUUCUUCAAUUUUGUCUCAGCCCUGAAUUAUCAAUAUGAUUUCUACUGCUUCUGCCAACUUCAUCUUUGCCUUGGUUCUUAUGACAGUGCUCUUGCUUGCUCCUUCCACCGAAGCAUGGAGCGGCAACAAGGCCUAUGACAACCGAAAUCUCUUUGGAGUUGUCGCCUCCAAGGAUUAUGAUGACUAUGGGUAUGCAACCGUGGAAGACGCCGACUCUGUUCCGGAUGCUUUUUUGAUUUUCAGCGCCCUUCUUCGAUGGCUCCGAUAGACGGCGCGGUUGAACGCUUCGACGGCCACAAACUAAUGAAAACAGCAUCAUUACCAACCACUCUGCACACAGACAGCACAUACACCCAAGCAUUGCCAUCUUUAAACGUAUCAAACUAUUUAUUUACUAAAGCAUACUAAGAACGAGUUACC